CUCGAACUAAAAAAAACUGCAAAAACAGCUAGCCGGCUAAGUUACUUUGGUAACUACUUCCCUUGUGCCGUACAUAUAUUCUAAUUCUGACAAUACACCAGUCAAAAAUAAAACUGAAAUAAACAACGGCUUGGGGAAGUAAAUUGAAGAUUUCACGAAAACUCUUAAUAGCCUGCUGGCCCCGCCACUGACCGCCGCCAUGCCUGCUCUGUUGGAGAGACCCAAGCUGUCCAACGCGAUGGCCAGAGCCCUACACAAGCACAUCAUGAGAGAAAGAGAGCGCAAGAGACAAGAGGAGGAAGAGGUAGACAAGAUGAUGGAGCAAAAGAUGAAGGAGGAGGAGGAGAGGAAAAGGAAGAAGGAGAUGGAGGAGAGGAUGUCUUUGGAGGAGACAAAAGAGCAGAUCAUGAAGAUGGGGGAGAAGCUGCAGGGCUUGCAGGAGGAGAAGCACCAACUCUUCCUCCAGCUGAAGAAGGUGCUCCACGAGGAGGAGAAGAGACGCAGGAAGGAGCAGAGUGACAUGACCACACUGACUUCAGCCAGCUACCAGCCCAGCAUGCCCAUCCACUCCGGACAGCACCUGCUCAGCAUGCAAGGCAGUCCAGUGAGUCACGGCCGUCCGGGUGCCCUGUUGGGGGAGCGCAGUAAGCAGCUCUUCCAGGCCCCUGUGAUCCCGGGGCGGCACUUCCAGACCCAGCCUGGGUUCAGCACAGGAAGCACUGAACACGGGCAGUACUCAUCUAGCCAAUCAGCACACGGGCCCUAUGGGGUCAGCCAACCACAGCAUGCCUCCCCCUACGCCACCAGCCAGUCUGUGCCUGUUAGCUACGCUGGCAGCUCCCAGCUCAGAGGUGCGUCAGCUUUCCAGACCAUGCAGUACCUCCCCCACCAGCAGCAGGGCUACGCGGUUCACAGCCACUUCACCUCCCAGCCAGGAUUUAUCCCCAGUGCUGGGAUACCCCUCCAGAAGCAGCUGGAACAUGCCAACCAGCAGUCUGGAUUCACUGACUCGAGCACCCUGAGGCCCAUGCACCCCCAAGCCCUGCACGCCACGGCCGCUGGCCUCAUGCCCUCCCCCUCCAUCGCUGUCCAGAUCCCCUCCGCCAAGUCUGGCUUGCCGUACGCCCAUCCCUCCCGCCCGGCCUCUCCUGGGAGCUUCAGUCACGGGACGCCCCCUCAGCAGGCCCAUGCGACCUCUUUCCAGAGCUCUCCUCAGCCCGCACCUCGCCAUGCCUACCUCUCCCACACCCAAACGGGGCAGAGGUUCUAUCACCAUAGCAAGUAACCAAGGUUACCGGCCACCAGUCGACAGGAAGGAAAAUCUCAUCGGAGGUUUUACUGCUUCCAUCUGAACCUGGGGUUGAGGCAGCAUGGGUUCCGGCGGCAGGAUGAGGCUAACGACCAGCAGAAUGAACGGGGAGUGUAAUGCGAUGCCAUCGCCAGAGUGAGAUUGCAAACAAGGACGCUUACGCUCUUAAUUGAUUAGCUUGCACAGCAAACCAUCUCAUCCAGUUUAAUAUGAUUGGUGGAAUGCAGCAGGUCAUGUGACAUUGUGUGUUCACAGAAUGUGUCUUUGCUUUGUGGUUUUUUUUUUGGUGAUAACCUUCCACUUGCCUUCUCUGACAUGAUUAUCAUCAGCAAGUGUCAAAACACUUGUAAUUAAUUUUUUCCCUCAGGGGAUUUAAAGCAUCGUUUGAGUUGAUUUUGCCAGUGUCGUCUCUUACUGUUCUCCACCUCACAUUUGUGUUAGCUUUUUAUAACCAGUGAAGCUCACUGUUCUGCAGUUCAUUCGAACGUUACAGCUGCAGUUGCACAGUUUAGCAGUGAGCUGAUGCAGGCGUCUAACACUAGAGGCUUCUUCCAGUAAAAUACAGAUUUGUAGUCAGUUGGGUUCAGAGGUACACUGACCCUCACAGAGCCAGAGAGGCACUUUCUGUGGCGUGUGAUUGUAUGUUGUCAGUCUGAUCCUUCUGUAGUCCUUUUGCAGUCAGGAAAUAAAAAUGCUGAGUUUUAAUCUCAUUCUCCAAUCUCAAAAGGACUGGCACCCCCAUCCAGUAUUGGAUAAAAAGUGUCCAUCCAAAAAUAAAAAGCCCCCUAGGAAAACAGCCUUUCUUGCAUAGCUAUUGUAUGUGUGUAUUGGUGCGUCUGUAUGUGACAAAAAAACACAAAGUAUAUUUGUAGCUGUAUAUCUUUGUUGUGCAGUUCUAAAGUUUCAUAGGCUUUAACCUGUAGGUGAUCCUGACCUGAAGACAGAGGGUGGGGUUAGAAAAUAAAGUGCUUUACUUUCACA